CGAUUUCUCUAUAUUAUAUUCAGACAAUCCACCUGUUAUUUUUAUUAUAACUAAAUAACAUUUAGGUGUUACUUAUACUUUUAUAAAAAAUGUACUUUCAUGAUGUUAAUUAUUAUAUAUUAAAAGUUGAUUUAUGCAGUAUCAUAUAUUUUAAAAAUGAUGAAAAGCAAAAUUUUUAUAUAGCAUGUUUGUGUAAUGGAACUAGAACGUCCUGACCGAUUAAGUCAGUGUACAUGGAGGUCAAAUGCAACAAAUACACCACAUACAAUAAGAAAAGAAUUUCCAAAUCGAGAUGAUGUAUUACCUAACAUUUUGGAAGCUAUUGGUCAAACUCCUAUGGUACGUUUAAAUAACAUUCCUCAAUUAUAUGGAUUAGAAUGUGAAAUAUUUGCAAAAUGUGAAUUUAUGAAUCCUGGUGGUUCUGUAAAAGAUAGAAUUGCUCAUAGAAUGAUUCAAGAUGCAGAAGAAAAAGGAAUAUUAAAGCCAGGUUCUACUAUAAUUGAACCAACUAGUGGUAACACAGGGAUUGGUCUAGCAAUGGCUGCAGCUGUUAAAGGAUAUAGAUGUGUUAUUGUUAUGCCAGAAAAGAUGUCCAAUGAAAAAGUGCUUACUCUACGUGCACUUGGAGCUGAAAUAAUUAGAACGCCAACAGAAGCAGCUUGGAAUAGUCCUGAAAGCCAUAUUAGUAUUUCUCAAAAACUACAAAAAGAAAUUCCUAAUAGUGUUAUUCUUGAUCAAUACACAAAUAGUGGGAAUCCAUUGGCUCAUUAUGACCAAACAGCAAUGGAAAUUUGGAAACAGUGUGAUGGAAAGUUAGAUUAUGUCGUAAUUGGUGCUGGUACAGGAGGAACUGUUAGUGGCAUUGGACGUAAAUUGAAAGAACUACAUCCUGAAAUAACAAUCAUUGCAGUUGAUCCUAUUGGCAGUAUUCUUGCAUUUCCAUCUGAGUUAAAUGAGCAUGAUGUUAGUUUUUAUGAAGUAGAGGGAAUUGGAUAUGAUUUUCUACCUACUGUGCUGGAUCGUAAUGUAGUAGAUAAAUGGGUAAAAGUUAAUGAUUGUGAAUCACUGAAUGCAGCACGCAUGCUUAUCAAACAAGAAGGAUUAUUAUGUGGAGGUAGUAGUGGUGCUGCUUUAUCUGCAGUUCUAAAAAUUGCAAAAGAUAUUCCUGCAAAAAAACGUGUUGUUGUUAUUCUACCUGAUGGAAUACGAAAUUAUAUGACUAAAUUUGUAUGUGAUAACUGGAUGGAAAUUAGAGGCUUUUUGGAUAUACCAUCAGUAGAUGAGUCAAAUAAAUGGUGGUGCAAUUACACAGUUUCAACUUUAUCCAUAACUAAACCUCCUGUAUUAUCCAAAACAACAACAUGUCAAGAAGCUAUUCAUAUUCUUAAAACUACAAAUUCAGAUCAAGUUGUAGUUAUUGAUAAUGAGGAAAAGGUUAAAGGUGUUCUUACAAUGCAAAUACUUAUGAGUAAGCUAAUAUUUGGUGGAAUUAAACAGACAGAUUGUGUAGAAAAUAUUAUGAUAAAACAUUUCGUAAAGGUUUUAUCUACAACAACUCUUAUAAAACUUUCAUUAAUUCUCGAACAUGAAACUUAUGUAGUUGUUGUAGAUCAUAUAAAUAAUGAUGCUUUAAUUGGAAUUAUAAGUCCUUCUGAUAUUGUUAAUUUUAUUUCUAACAAAGACAAUGUUUUACAAACUAAUGGAUCCACAUAAGUUUUUGUAUAUCACUGUUUUUAUAAUUUUAUAUUAAUAAAUAAAUGAAACAAUAUAUAAUUGUAAACAUAUGUAAUUCAUAUUAACGAAUAUUAUAGUGCAAUAAGAAUUAAAUGUCAGUAAUACAUCAAUGCUUGAAAAUUAAUUAUUCCAUUACGUUUACAAAGUUGCAAAAGCCUAAAUAUUUGUAAGUGCCAAUAAAUUUAUAAUGUUACAUAAUACUUA